GAACACAUUCUCGCAACUUCGUUAGAGCCAUAUCAUUGUAUGGAUUCUAAUCCGAUAAUACUAAACAGAGGCUUAUUCAGUCGAACAAGUUGUGGGCGAUCUGUCGAAACGGCGGCGUUUUCGCUUAUUCGACGUUCCAAAACAAAAUGAAAAUCACAUAAAACAACACACACGAAACUUAAACGAACCGGAGUUUAUUACCUAAAACCGGUCUUCGUUUUUGUUCUCUCGCAAGUUUCCAGAGCUCACAGAAGCACACAGAGAGAUUCAGAGAAUCCAUCUUCGUGUUUCUGCCCUAAGAAGAAAGAGGACGAUUCAUCUGAAGCAGGGAUGAUGAUGAUGAUACUGAGGACACAGAGAUGGAGUCGUCUUACUACUUUGAGAUUGGUUCAUUCAACUGAGACAGGUAUUCUGAGAAAUGAACGAGGCUUUUCUAGCGAUAGAAAUCUCUCCUAUAGAGAGAAACUGAGAAGUGAGCUCCUCGUCGAGAUCAAGAGAGACGAUGCUGUUGCCCUCUUCCAGUCCAUGUUUCGGUCUCGUCCUCUUCCCACGGUUAUAGAUUUCAACAGAUUGUUUAGUGGGAUUGCCAGAACGAAACAGUACGGUCUCGUGUUAUCUCUCUGCAAGCAAAUGGAUUUGAAAGGGAUUGCGUAUGAUCUCUACACUCUCAACAUUGUCAUCAACUGCUUCUGUAGGAGUCGUAAACUCGGUUUUGCUUUUUCUGUGAUGGGAAAGAUGUUGAAACUCGGGUAUGAGCCUAACACAAUCACAUUCUCUACUUUGAUUAACGGUUUAUGUCUCCAAGGUCGAGUUUCCCAAGCUGUGGAGUUGGUUGAUAGAAUGGUGGAAAUGAAGGUUUUUCCACAUCUCAUCACGCUCAAUACUAUUGUCAAUGGACUUUGUCUCCAAGAUAGAGUCUCUGAAGCUAUGGCUUUGAUUGAUCGAAUGAUGGCUAAUGGAUGUCAUCCUGAUCAGUUUACCUAUGGUCCGGUUAUGAACAGAAUGUGCAAGUCAGGGAACACUGCCUUGGCUCUGGAUCUGUUCAGGAAGAUGGAAGGUAGAAAGAUCAAGCUUGAUGUAGUCAUAUACAAUAUGAUUAUCGAUGGUCUUUGCAAAGAUGGGAGCCUCGAAGAUGCAUUCACCCUUUUCAAUGAAAUGGAAACCAAAGGUGUCAAAGCAGAUGUCAUUACCUACAACUCUCUCAUAGGAGGCUUCUGUAGUUUUGGUAGAUGGGAUGACGCCGCACAGUUGCUGAGAGAUAUGGUUGCAAGGGAAAUCACCCCGAACCUUUUCACUUUCAAUGCUUUGAUUGAUCCUCUUGUGAAAGAGGGAAAGCUUACUGAGGCUAAAGAAUUGUACAAUGAGAUGAUCCUAAGAGGCAUAGAUCCUGACAUCAUUACAUAUAGUUCUUUGAUACAUGGGUUGUGCAUUGACAACCGCUUAGAUGAAGCCGACCAGAUGCUGGACCUGAUGGUUAGCAAGGGAUGCGAUCCUGAUAUUGUGACUUAUAAUAUCCUUAUAAAUGGAUAUUGCAAGUCUAAACGAGUUGAUGAUGGUAUGAGACUUUUCCGCAGUAUGUCUGUGAGAGGAGUGAUUGCCAAUACAGUCACUUAUAGCACUCUCAUCCAAGGGUUUUGUCAAUCUGGGCAACUUGAUGACGCCAAGGAACUCUUCCAAGAGAUGGUUUCUCAAGGUGUCCAUCCUAAUAUUGUGACCUACAAAAUUUUGCUGGAUGGAUUGUGUGACAACGGAGAAGUAGAAGAGGCUUUGGGAAUACUUGAAAAAAUGCACAAGAGUAAGAUGGAACUUGAUAUUGGUAUGUAUAAUAUCAUCAUUCAUGGGAUGUGCAAUGCUAGUAAGGUCGAUGAAGCAUGGAAUUUAUUCUCUAGCCUCCCUCUCAAAGGAGUGAAGCGUGAUGUCAAAACAUACAAUAUAAUGAUUGGAGGACUAUGCAGGAAAAGCUCGCUAUCUGAAGCGGAUAUGCUGUUUACAAAGAUGAAAGAGGAUGGGACUGCGCCAAGUGAUUGUACGUACAACACACUAAUCCGAGCUCAUCUCCGAGGCAGUGACAUAAGCAAUUCAGUUGAACUCAUCGAAGAAAUGAAGAGGUGUGGCUUUGCUGCAAAUGCUUCCACCAUAAAGAUGGUUAUGGAUAUGUUAGUGGAUGGUAGGUUGGACAAAAGCUUUCUAGACAUGCUUUCUUGAAUGCCUCAUCUAACUAGUUAAUUGGGUUUAUUAGUUGAAACCUGUUUUUUUAUGUCAAUGUGGGUUCUCUGGUCUGUCCUUCAAUUACAACAUAGGCAUUACUUUGCGGAAGAUUUGGGGAAUUUUCAAGAUACUAAACACGACUGAACAAGCUCUUCUUUAAGCCAUUUCUCACUAUGUUCAUCUGCAUACUUUGCUUUUUAGGUUUUACUUGUAACGUUAUGAACAAAUCUGUUAUCUCUCUCGUUUGUUUUGGAAAUUGGUUUUUCUGGUA